AUGUACCCGAACCAGGACGGUGGCAUGAGCCACCAACAGAGCAUCUACAACAUGUAUCAGCAGCAGCAACAACAACAGCAACAGCAGCAGCAAUAUAGACAGUUCAAUAGCCAGCCGUUUGGAGCACAGGGCAGUCCGUCACACGUGCAACAAGUGCCUGUUUUCGGGGCUGGCAUCCCCAACAUGCAGCAUCCGUCCCAGCAGCAGGCCGCGCAGUACCAGGGCUUCUAUGGGUCGUCGCCAACAAGAACGUCGCAGUUUAACGACUUCAACCCGCAGCCUCCUUCGAGUCCAUCGCGCAGCAUCCGGUCGGCGAACCUUGCUCCUGUUUCGUCGAACUCGUCAUUGAUUUCUCCUUCGAAAAGUGCAUUAAAACAGCCAGAUUUCCCUUACUCGAACCCCAACGCAAACAAUAGCAACUCCAAUCUGUCUUUCCGGCAGCAGCAGCCACAGAGUGCCGACUAUGUGUACUUUGACCGGCAUCCGGAGUGGUUUUCGAAGGCGUCGCAGGACAAGGCCGCGUCGAUCAAGCUGAAACUGGAACAUUACUAUAAAACAGCCAUAGAACACGCUAUCGAGCGCAACCAGCGUAGGGUGAGCUUUGAACAGAAGCUGGGCACAGAAAGUUCCGGCGAGCGCAGAAAUAGAGAACUACAAGUGUUUGGACGAAACGAGUCCCAGUUCUUGAGACUCCGCAGAACAAGAUUGAGCUUGGAGGAUUUCCAUACCGUCAAGGUUAUCGGAAAAGGAGCGUUUGGUGAGGUCCGGCUUGUUCAGAAACGCGACACAGGAAAAAUAUAUGCCAUGAAGACUUUGCUCAAGAGCGAGAUGUACAAGAAGGAACAGCUUGCGCACGUGAAGGCCGAGCGUGACGUUUUGGCAGACGCAAAUUCACCGUGGGUUGUUUCGCUGUACUACUCGUUCCAGGACCCUCUUUACCUCUAUCUGAUCAUGGAGUUCCUUCCUGGAGGUGAUCUGAUGACUAUGCUGAUCAAGUGGCAGAUCUUCACCGAGGACGUGACAAGAUUCUACAUUGCAGAGUGUGUUUUGGCCAUCGAGGCUAUUCAUAGACUGGGCUUCAUUCAUAGAGACAUCAAGCCCGAUAACAUUCUGAUCGAUAUGCGAGGACAUAUCAAGCUUUCCGACUUUGGUCUUUCCACAGGGUUCCACAAGACUCACGACUCCAAUUAUUACAAAAAGCUGCUGGAUCAGGACAACGCCAGCGGAGUCGGUGGUCUUAACAACGGCAGAAACUCUGUUCUGGUGGACCCUAUUAAUCUCACCAUGUCCAACCGUCAACAAAUGCAAACAUGGCGUAAGUCCAGAAGACUUAUGGCGUAUUCCACGGUCGGUACUCCAGACUAUAUUGCUCCCGAGAUCUUUUUGAACCAAGGUUACGGCCAGACCUGUGACUGGUGGUCGCUUGGAGCCAUCAUGUUUGAGUGUCUUGUUGGCUGGCCUCCGUUCUGUUCAGAGACUCCAAAGGAGACCUAUUGCAAGAUUUUGAACUGGCGAGAGACUCUGCAAUUCCCAGAAGAUAUUCAUCUGAGUCCCGAGGCUGAAGACUUGAUCCUGAGACUGUUGACCGACUCAGACCACCGUCUCGGCCGAAACGGCGGUGCUCUUGAAAUCAAGGCCCAUCCGUUUUUCCGCGGAGUGGUUUGGGACGAGAUCAGAAACGUGGAGGCUCCGUUCAUUCCUAAGCUGAGAUCGAUCACCGAUACGCGGUUCUUCCCGACCGACGAGCUGGAGAACGUGCCGGACUCGCCUGCUCUGGCUCAAGCUGCCAAGGAAAGAGAGCGUAUGAAGGGAAACGUUGUUGGUGGAGCAGACACGAAGGAGGACCUUCCGUUCAUCGGGUACACUUUCAGCCGGUUCGAGUAUCUUACCCGGAAGAAUGCUUUAUAA